AUGUUAUGGACAAAAUGGAAACAAACAAAAACAGCAUGGACAUCUUUUAAACUAGUUAUUACCGGUUUCCUAGGAAACAAAAAAGAUCCUAACUACAAGACAAUCGUCGCAGACAUGCUCGACAAGUUUAAGAAGCUGGGAUAUAACAUGAGCAUUAAAGUUCAUUUUCUCCAUUCACAUCUAGACUACUUUCCUGCAAACCUUGGUGAUGUAAGUGAAGAGCAGGGUGAAAGAUUCCACCAAGAUAUCAAGGAAAUGGAAAGAAGGUAUCAAGGAAGAUGGAACGUCAACAUGAUAGCGGACUACUGCUGGAUGUUAAAACGAAAUGACCCUCAACAAGUACGCAGCCGGAAAAGCAAUAAAAGAAGCUUCGACGGAAAGCAAAAGCGUUACUAUAAGGACUUAUGA